CUUUAAUUGCUCGGCCCAAAACUGAAGAGGGGAAAGUGCGAAAGUGCGAAACCUAAAAUAGAAGGCUGAAGGCGCGAACUAAGAACUACGAAGGGCUACGAUAGAAGCAGUGACUUGUGAGAUUUUGUGACUGUGUUUCAUGAGGAAGGUGAGAGGUUGAGUGAGGCUGUAAUUCUGUGAGGGGGGAGCUGCAAAAAUUUAGUAACUGCGAAGGUUGAGUGGAUUGUUUUAAUUGCAUGGUCCGAAUUAGAUGCCAUCUCAAAUGUCUGUCAUAGGAUCAAGAAGUGAAGAGUAGAACUAACUCUUGAGCCCACGGUCCGAAGCCUUGAACUGCUAAGUCUGCGAAGGAAACUGAACGAAGCGCGAACGAAGGGAACCGCAAGACUGAAGCUUAACUGCGAAUGGUCGAAGGAAAUACAGAACGAAUGCUGAAUACAGAAGGGAGAAGACGGGAAGAAAGACCCGCUGACGAUCGCCGUUAGUCAGCGCCAGGCCUCCAGCCUUCCACCACCGCACUUCCGCACCACGCAGCGACGCCCUGCCUGACCGCCUCCGGCGUCCAGGACCACGACCGCACCAGACCGGCAGUCCACUGUCCACUCUAGGCUGCUACCCGCACUCCUACAGUAACGGUAAGCUAGCGAAACCCUCAGUAAUGGAAGCUACGAUGGAGAUUCCGAAGGGUGAUGUCAAGCCGGUGAUUGUUAGGGUUAAGAGAAAGGCAACACAGUCUCGUCUUGAUGCUUUCUGGCUUGAAAUCAAUGAGAGACCAUUCAAGCGGCCAUUGAUUGACUUUGAGAAGCUAUCAGUUUCUGAUUCUACUUCUUGUAAAGAGGAAUUGAAGACAAAAAAGGUUUUUGUUCAACAUGUUGAGACUGUAACUAGCUCAGAAGUCACUGCUGAUCUUGUGCUGUCUUUUGUGCAGUGCGACUCGGCUAGUUCUUCAAUAGUCAAAGAGAAAAUUGAGGAAAGAAGACACACAUUCAAGUCUGACAAUCAUGUGCAAAGGCAAGGACAACUUCUUACAAAAGCUAAACAAAAACAAGUGGAUUUGUCAAAAAAUGCUCGUUUUGAGCAAAUAUGGAAAAGCAGGCGAGGAAAGAAGGAUUAUAUUCACGAUGAUGCACUCAAUGAGGUGUGCCGACUGUAUAAUGUUGUUCGUGUUGAUACACAUGAAAAUUCCCAUAAAUUCCCUGAAGGAGAUGAUGAGUUGGAAGAUCAUAGAAUGAUGUCCCAGUAUUUGCCGCUUUUAAGAGAAUGCAUGCCAAGUGCUGCUGAGGAAAUUGAGUCUGAUAUGCAUGAGUAUAUCUCCAAAAGAGUAUCUUCAGAUGGGUAUGUCUAUGAUUUCUAUGCCAUAAAGGAUGGUGCUGACACCAUGGAAGAAGAAACUACUAACCAUUUUCCUUUGGUUCGAGUUGAUGAUGAGGAUGACUUCUACGACGGUCCAGAUGAUUCAGAAUAUGAAACUGACGAUUCUAACAAUGAAAACAACCCACGAAAUGAUUACCCUGAAGAAAACUCAUCUGGGGAAGAGGAUGAAAGUGGAACUCAAUCCUCAAAUGAAGACCAGUCAGAAGUUGAGGAAGAAUCUUCCUCUGAUGAAAGUGGAUAUGAUAUAUCUUCUCAUAAUGGAGAGGGUUUAGAUGGCCGUGACUUGUCAGGUGAUGGGGAUCUGUUUCUUGAAGAUGAUGUUUGUAGCGUUGAUGAUGGUGAGUCCUACGAUUACGAAGAUCUUGAUGAGGAAGAAGAUUAGUGGUGAUUUCAGAAUUAAAUGUGUUCUUGUAGGUAGGUAUGCAUAUCUAUUUAUAGUUUUAAGUGUUAACUAUACAUUAUUGUGUACAAUAUUGAGUUGUGCUCUGACGUUCCUUUCCAUCAAUUCAUGUAUUGGGGUUAAUUGAUUGUAGAACAGUUGAUUCCUACCCUUUUGCCCGAUUACUUAGUUCCAAGUCCGAUUCCAGAACCACAAGUUCCCAUCUAAAUCGGGAAGGAUGUCCGCCCCAAUAUAAUCAUGCGCUUGAGGCCAUUUUGUAUUUUUGUUUAGAAAUGUGCUUUUGAUAAAUGAGAAAUAGAAAAUCAUGUAUGCUUGGUUGUA